AUGCUGGUAACGCAGCAGCUGAGGAAAUACAACCGUUAUCUGAAAGGCAUGAGCGAUCCCAUUUUGAGGAAUAUAGAGGAGUACAGCCUUGUCAUCCCCACCAGCACCGAUGCAGAGGGCAGGUUCCUAUCCCACUUGGUGUCGGGACCGCCAAAAGCGCGCUUCCGAAGGGCUGCGGAGGACUCGCAACGUGAAGCGCCCAACGAGCAGAUAUUUUACAAUGUCACUGUGUUUGGGAGAGAGUUUCACUUCAGGCUGCGGCCAAACUCCAGGCUCGUCGCCCCCGGAGCAACAGUUGAAUGGCAGGAGGACUCCGAAGAGACUCACAUCGAACCUCUCUAUGGGAAUUGCCUCUAUGUUGGGGAUAUCACUGAUCUGCCAAAUGCUUCGGUCGCUAUCAGCAAUUGCGACGGGCUGGCUGGCAUGAUUCGCACGGACAAGGACGAAUUCUUCAUCGAACCUCUGGAGAAGGGGACCCAGGAGGAGGAGGAGGGAGGAGGCAGGACACAUGUGGUCUAUCGCAGAGCAGCUGCCAAGAAGCAGUUUCCUAUGGAGAGUGCAGAUAUCCAGUAUAAAGAGGCGAACCUCAGCGGCCUGGACGGCCUGGACGGCGUGCUGAGCCUUGUGGAGGAGCGGGCGCGGCGCUCGCGGCGGCGCUCCCGCCGGCACGCCACCGACGACGACUACAACAUCGAAGUGCUGCUCGGCGUGGACGACUCGGUUGUCCAGUUCCACGGAAAAGAGCACGUUCAGAAGUACCUGCUCACCCUGAUGAAUAUUGUUAAUGAAAUUUAUCAUGAUGAGUCCUUGGGCGCUCACAUCAACGUUGUCCUGGUGAGGAUUAUCCUACUGAGCUACGGAAAGUCCAUGAGUCUAAUAGAGAUUGGGAACCCUUCCCAAAGCCUGGAGAAUGUGUGUCGCUGGGCCUACUUGCAACAGAAGCCAGACACUGGGCACGCAGAGUACCACGACCACGCUAUCUUCCUCACAAGGCAGGAUUUUGGCCCCUCUGGCAUGCAAGGCUACGCUCCAGUCACUGGAAUGUGUCACCCUGUCCGAAGCUGCACACUCAACCAUGAAGAUGGGUUUUCGUCUGCCUUUGUGGUGGCCCAUGAAACUGGACAUGUGYUGGGCAUGGAGCACGACGGCCAAGGGAACCGAUGUGGGGACGAGGUCCGCCUGGGCAGCAUCAUGGCCCCGCUCGUGCAGGCCGCCUUCCACCGCUUCCACUGGUCCCGCUGCAGCCAGCAAGAGCUCAGUCGGUACCUCCAUUCCUACGAUUGUCUGCGUGAUGAUCCUUUCGAACAUGACUGGCCUUCCCUUCCACAGCUGCCAGGAAUUCACUACUCCAUGAAUGAGCAGUGCCGUUUUGAUUUUGGUUUGGGCUACAUGAUGUGCACAGCUUUCCGGACAUUUGAUCCCUGCAAGCAGCUGUGGUGCAGCCAUCCCGAGAACCCCUACUUCUGCAAGACGAAGAAAGGGCCUCCGCUGGACGGGACCAUGUGCGCCCCAGGGAAGCAUUGCUUCAAAGGCCACUGCAUCUGGUUAACCCCGGAUAUCCUGAAGCAGGAUGGACACUGGGGAGCAUGGAGCAAGUUUGGCUCUUGCUCUCGCACCUGCGGCACGGGAGUGAAGUACCGGACGCGGCAGUGUGACAAUCCACACCCAGCCAACGGAGGCCGCACGUGUGUGGGGCCAAGCUAUGAGUUCCAGCUUUGCAACACUCAGGAUUGUCCUAAGGACUUGGAGGAUUUCCGAGAGGAGCAAUGCAGACAGUGGGAUCCUUACUUCGAAUAUCAGAACACAAAGCACCACUGGCUCCCCUAUGAACAUGUUGAUGCUAAAGAAAGGUGUCACCUGUAUUGUGAGUCCAAAGAAGUGGGUGAUGUCGUCUACAUGAAGCGGAUGGUACAUGAYGGGACUCGCUGCUCCUACAAAGACCCUUACAGCAUCUGCGUGCGGGGAGACUGCUUGAAAGUCGGGUGCGAUAGGGUCAUAGGGUCCACGAAGCAGGAAGAUAAAUGUGGUGUUUGUGGAGGAGAUAAUUCCCACUGCAAAGUGGUGAAAGGRACAUUUUCAAGAAUACCAAAGAAACAAGGGCACAUUAAGAUGUUUGAAAUUCCUGUUGGUGCAAGACACUUGCUUAUACAGGAAACAGACGCCACCAGCCAUAAUCUCGCAAUUAAAAACCGGGAAACGGGAAAAUUCAUUUUAAGCGAAGACAACUAUGUGCCGGACUCUAAAGUCUUUAUUGACAUGGGCGUGGAGUGGGAAUAUCGGAAUGACGACGAUAGAGAGACCGUGCAGACCAUGGGGCCUUUGCGCAACGGCAUAGUUAUUAUGGUGAUUCCUCAUGGCAGUUCCAAGAUCUCUUUGACUUACAAGUACAUGAUCCAUGAAGAUUCCUUGAAUGUAGAUAACAACAAUGUUUUGGAAGAGGACUCUGUAUCCUAUGAAUGGGCUCUGAAGAAGUGGUCCCAGUGUUCAAAGCCUUGUGGAGGAGGCUAUCAAUUCACCAAAUACGGCUGCCGGAGGAAGGCAGAUCACAAGAUGGUUCACCGGAGCUACUGCGAGCUGAUCCAAAAGCCGAAGCCCAUUCGCAGAGUGUGCAACCUGCAGGAGUGCUCCCAGCCCAUCUGGGUGACAGGAGAAUGGGAGCCUUGCAGCAAGACUUGUGGCAAGACGGGAUACCAGGUGCGCUCUGUCCGCUGUAUCCAGCCGCUGCACGACAACACGAAUCGCUCUGUUCACACCAAGUACUGCAACAACGACCGUCCCGAAGGCCGGAGACCUUGCAACCGGGAGCUCUGUCCAGCGCAGUGGAGAGUGGGGCCCUGGUCACAGUGCUCUGUGAGCUGUGGCAACGGCACGCAGGACCGCCAGGUGCUGUGCCGGACCAAGGACAACGUCGCYGGCUUUUGUAAAGAAGAUAAACCAGAGACCGUCAGGAACUGCAGGCUACCUCCAUGUCCCCGAAACGUUUCUGAUCCUUCAAAGAAAACCUACAUGAUACAAUGGCUGUCGAGACCUGAUCCAGACUACCCCAUCCAGAAAAUAUCUUCAAAGGAUCAUUGUCAAGGAGACAAGUCGAUGUUUUGUCGCAUGGAAGUUCUCUCGCGUUACUGUUCCAUUCCUGGUUACAAUAAGCUGUGUUGCAAGUCCUGUAACAUGUACAGCAAUGUAACAGAGGAGGCCAACGCGACCGAUUCCACCAUAAAUAAGAAUAAUGUCAUUGAGGAGGAGUUCCUGACAACCCUCAGCACUCCCAUGGCUGUUCCCACCACGCAGGUUGCCACCAGCUCACCUCCCAUUUCCAGAACAACUGCAUCUCCUAACGCAACUGAGGAGCACCCAGAAAUUAAUGCGGUGGAUGUUCCCUAUAAGAUUGACGGGCUGGAUAAUGAAGUGUCACAGCACAACAUCAUUACCCAGAGGAGGAUGCCUUAUGAAAGGACGAGGAAUCAACGAAUUCAACAACUGAUUGCUGAGAAAAUGAAAAGAGAGACUCUUAGGAAAAUUAAUUAGAGUGGAAAUACGGCACAUGCAACGUUUUUCUCUUAUAGAGAUGGUACCAACAUCAUAGUAUUGCCCRUAUCAUAGAGACUAAAAAUGGGGAAAAAUCAAAGUGGUGCUAUGGCAGAAAUGCCAAAUUCUAAAGUCUGCUCUAAAUGGGAACAGAUUGUUUCAAAAGUGCUGAUCUAAACACUUGGAUGGCUAGGUUGACAGGGUACGGUAGAGUAUUAGUGCAAUAUCGUUACAGCAUUUCACUGAAUCCAAACGAACCGUAAUACCUAGGCYAGGUGAGCAGGAUUCUUGUUUAUGGGCUUUUUAAGUUCUUCUCUGCCUAUGUAAAACUGCUUGGGAAUCGUACUGGGAGUUAGGAUGGAGGAAACCAGUCCCAAGACCAAAUAGAUCCCUUUCCAGCGACGAGCGGGUGGUCAGCUCUCCUGUGAUGCUCCUGCGCAUUGCAMAAACCCGGGCUCGCAGCCGGCUCCAGAAGGUGC